CAGGACUCGAAGAGCUCCCCCUGGGAAGAGGCGUGCAAGAGCGCUCCGCGAGGGGGCGAGGCUUGGGGCUUCUGCAGCCGCGCGAGGCGGGCUCCCCCGAAGGGGCGGGGCUUAGCGUCGAGGCCUUCUUGAAUGGAGAGGCUCCGUGGAGGGCGGGGUCUGGCUGCGCAUGCUCAGUGCGAGCCCGCUUCCUGCCGUGCGAGCCUGCUUCCUUGCCUGCUCGCUGGCCGCGCCAUGGACUUUCGGACCGCUCGGCGAGCCGUGCUUCAGCUGCUCGGUACUACGGCUCCAGCAGAUGUCCCGGCACUGCUCCACUGGAUGAGAACUACCCGGGAUUUUGAUGAACUCACUCAAGAUAAUAAUGACAUCAUGUUGAAAAACAUAGCUGACGACCUUCGGAGCUGUCUGCCCCAGGAGGCUGUGCUUUGCUCGGAACAACUAGCCCUUCAAAAAAUACGACAGCAGCCAGAACCCACAGUUCACGUUGAUGCAUUCCUUUAUGAUGAAGACGUUAUUGAUUCAUUAUGCGAGGAGGGGAAAAUGAGCAGAAACUUCUGUACUGUGUGUGGUUCACACCAAAUAGCACCUUUGGGAUUUAUUUCUCAUUCCUUCUCACUCGUGGAGUUGAAGUUCAUUUAUCAGCAUGUACUCCCCGAUCUGUCGGGAAAGGUCUUGGUUGACAUUGGCUCCAGACUUGGCACAGUCCUUUAUGUGGGCUACCUCUACAGCUCGGCAGCGCAGCUCUGUGGAGUAGAGCUUAAUGGAGAAUUUUGCCAAUUGCAAGAAAUGGUCAUAAAAAAAUACCAGUUCGGUGACAGAAUAAAGGUGCUUCAUGCAGACAUCUGUACCCAAGGUUCACUUCUGCAAAGUGCUGAUGUCAUUGUAAUGAAUAAUGUCUUCGAAUAUUUUCUUACUGAGCCUGAACAGGCAAGUGCCUGGGGCUACAUCAUCCAUAAUGUAAGAAAACAAGGAUCACUAUUAGUGACAGUACCGAGUCUCCAAGAUUCUCUCUUAGGUUUUAAGACUAAUAUGCAGCUGUCCUCCUGGGUAGAAGAGAUACCAUUGAACCUUGAUGUGUUCCCACAAAGGGACAUGGACAGAGAAGCUCUUGAACAAAUUCACUUAUAUAGGGUUCUCUAGCACUGAAGUAACCUUCUCUAAGUGUGAUAUGUUAACCUGGGUGCUUUGUAGAUCCCCUUUCGAGUUUUUUGGGUUUUAUGUUUUGGAUUUGGUUGUUUUGGUUUUGCGAGGCAGGGUUUCUCUGUGGCUUUGGAGCCUGUCUUGGAACUAGCUCUUGUAGACCAGGCUACAGAGAUCUGCCUGCCUCUGCCUCCUGAGUGCUGGGAUUAAAGGCGUGCGCUGCCGCCACCACCCCCUCACCCCCCCCACCCCCGGUUAUUUUCUUUUCUUUCUUUUUUUUUUCAAGCUUUAUAUGUAUGAUCAUGUACCUGUAAAUAGCUGCCUAUGAUUAUACAUACACAGUAGUUGCAUGUGGUUAUAAAUAAACUGUAAAGAUAA